AUGAUCCUAGCAAUCACAAUGGCUGCCCUCUAUGGAGUUGCAGUUGCUCAAUCAUCAGGGUGCAGCAAUGAGCUAGAAGGCAUGUCCCCAUGUCUCAACUACAUUUCUGGUGACGCGUCAACACCAUCAUCAGGAUGUUGCAGCCAACUCGCGAUUGUGGUCCAGACACAGCCACAGUGCCUGUGUCAAGUCCUUAAUGGUGGUGGCUCGUCUUUUGGUAUUAAAAUCAACCAAACUAAGGCUCUUGAUUUACCGAAAGCAUGCAAUGUCCAGACACCAUCAACUAGUAAAUGCAAUGGAAACGCGUCAUCAAGUACUGGUUCAUCUGGUUCAUCAGAUGUAUCUUCAACUAGAGUUGCAACCAUUCCUACUGUAUUUUUGCUACUUGUUGCCGAGUAUGCUAUGGUGUUCUAA